AUGAUCUACACUCCCUUUGUAACGCUUCUCGGCGCUGUUACCUUCGCUACUGUCUUCGCUCAUCCAGAACGUAUGACGCCCGAGAUCGCCAAGCGCGAGAUCGGUGUUGCCACUGGCUCUUGCGCUGAGCAAAUCAGCGCUCGCCGUGAGGCCACGCUCGAGCGUCGCCGUGCUAGCCUCUUCGAGAGGAGGAUGGCGAAUGGGCAUGUUACACCUAUUCAGGCAAGGAGCCUCGAAGAACGCAACAAAUAUGCCACGAUUCAGAACGACACUUGCGUGCUGUCCCCCGACACCAUCUGGGGGCCAUACGGUAUCGACGGCGAGCUUUAUCGCCAUGAUGUUCGCGAAGGUCAGGAGGGUAUCGACUUCUACCUUGACAUCGGAGUUAUCGACGUCGAGACUUGCGAGCCUCUUCCCAACGCUUACCUUGGCAUCUGGAACAGCAAUGCAAGUGGUACCUAUGGUGGCUUCACGGGCAUUGACCCCAAUACCGCAGAGCUGAGGGAUGGUUGGUCCACGCAAGCCGACGGCACCACCGAUGAGACAACGUUCCUUCGUGGGGUCAUGUCUACUGAUGAAACCGGCAUUGCUGAAUUCUUGACCAUCUUCCCUGGCUACUAUAUCACCCGGACCACCCACAUCCACGUCACUGUGCAGACCAACGUCACCGACGAUGAUUACUCCUACGGCGAUGCUUCGGUCCAACACAUAGGCCAGAUCUUCUUUGACGAAGACCUCAUUAACGCGGUCUACGAGACCUCUCCUUACUCCGACCACCUCUCCACCCUUAAUCGCACCCUGACCGACGUCGAUAGCGUAUACACUGUCGCUGCCACUGCUGGAUAUUCCCCUGUCGUCUCGGUGGAGAAGCUAGGCGAUGACUAUGAAGAUGGACUGGUCGGAUACAUCACAAUCGGCGUGAACACCUCAGCGGCUGGUUUGGCUACGACCGGGAACUCUGUCAAUCCUCAGGGCUAUCUCCCCACCGUCACGCUCUCCGCCAGCGCUCAAGCGAGUGCAUCAUCCGUCGAUGCGGCCGACGGUUACUGGGCCGCGACGACGGCGUCCGUCUAA